AUGUUCACUGUGCCCUGGAUAGGUAGCUGCAUUGUGUGUCUGUGUCCAUUGACUUGUCUUGGUGUUUGACUCUGUUCUCUAUUCAGGUGGCAGCAGUUUGACUCUGUUCUCUAUUCAGGUGGCAGCAGUUUGACUCUGUUCUCUAUUCAGGUGGCAGCAGUUUGACUCUGUUCUCUAUUCAAGUGGCAGCGGUUUGACUCUGUUCUCUAUUCAGGUGGCAGCAGUUUGACUCUGUUCUCUAUUCAGGUGGCAGCAGUUUGACUCUGUUCUCUAUUCAGGUGGCAGCAGUUUGACUCUGUUCUCUAUUCAGGUGGCAGCAGUUUGACUCUGUUCUCUAUUCAGGUGGCAGCAGUUUGACUCUGUUCUCUAUUCAAGUGGCAGCGGUUUGACUCUGUUCUCUAUUCAGGUGGCAGCAGUUUGACUCUGUUCUCUAUUCAGGUGGCAGCAGUUUGACUCUGUUCUCUAUUCAGGUGGCAGCAGUUUGACUCUGUUCUCUAUUCAAAUAUUUAGGUAGCAGGCUUUCCCUAAUCAUGUUGAGAACCUGGUAAAGAAACUCAAGUUGAGAAGAGGUUUUUAUUACAGGCAUAAGGCUUGUUUUGGAGGCCAGAAAAGAGCUGGUCCGGUGUACAUUUCUGUCUGUCUUGGACUACAGUGACGUCAUUUAUAUGCAGACCUGCACCACCCUGAAGGGACUGGAUACAGACUGACUUGUGUCCUGCAGUGGAAACUUGACCAGUUUCUGCAUAUCUGCAUAUCUGUAAUUCAGUUGAUAGGAGAUUAAUGUGUAAAUAUACUGUUGAAGGGGAUUGCCAGCCCAUAAUCCACCAAGCAUCUGGGUGUUUCUGUUUGUACCAUUGGAAUUCAAUUGUUGUAAUAAAUAAUAAAACUCAACUCGUCGUGUUUGGAGGACAAAGAAUGCUGAGUUGCAUCCAAAGAACACCAUACCUACUGUGAAGCAUGGGGGUGGAAACAUCAUGCUUUGGGGCUGUUUUUCUGCAAAGGGACCAGGACGACUGAUCCGUGUAAAGGAAAGAAUGAAUGGGGCCAUGUAUCGUGAGAUUUUGAGUGAAAACUUCCUUCCAUCAGCAAGGGCAUUGAAGAUGAAACGUGGCUGGGUCUUUCAGCAUGACAAUGAUCCCAAACACACCGCCCGGGCAACGAAGGAGUGGCUUCGUAAGAAGCAUUUCAAGGUCCUGGAGUGGCCUAGCCAGUCUCCAGAUCUCAAACCCAUAGAAAGUCUUUGGAGGAAGUUGAAAGUCCGUGUUGCCCAGCGACAGCCCCAAAACAUCACUGCUCUAGAGGAGAUCUGCAUGGAGGAAUGGGCCAAAAUACCAACAACAGUAUGUGAAAACCUUGUGAAGACUUACAGAAAACGUUUGACCUAUGUCAUUGCCAACAAAGGGUAUAUAACAAAGUAUUGAGAAACUUUUGUUAUUGACCAAAUACUUAUUUUCCACCAUAAUUUGCAAAUAAAUUCAUUAAAAAUCCUACAAUGUGAUUUUCUGGAUUUUUUUCCCUCAUUUUGUCUGUCAUAGUUGACGUGUACCUAUGAUGAAAAUUACAGGCCUCUCUCAUCUUUUUAAGUGGGAGAACUUGCACAAUUGGUGGCUGACUAAAUACUUUUUUUCCCCACUGUAAAGUUUACAUGAGAGUGGACUAUCCAGAGAUAAAGUUUACAUCAGAGUGGACUAUCCAGAGAUCAAGUUUACAUCAGAGUGGACUAUCCAGAAAUAACGUUUACAUGAGAGUGGACUAUCCAGAGAUAGAGUUUACAUCAGAGUAGACUAUCCAGAGAUAGAGAAAGUUUACAUCAGAGUAGACUAUCCAGAGAUAGAGAAAGUUUACAUCAGAGUAGACUAUCCAGAGAUAGAGAAAGUUUACAUCAGAGUAGACUAUCCAGAGAUAGAGAAAGUUUACAUCAGAGUAGACUAUCCAGAGAUAGAUAAAGUUUACAUCAGAGUAGACUAUCCAGAGAUAGAGAAAGUUUACAUCAGAGUAGACUAUCCAGAGAUAGAGAAAGUUUACAUCAGAGUGGACUAUCCAGAGAUAGAGAAAGUUUACAUCAGAGUAGACUAUCCAGAGAUAGAGAAAGUUUACAUCAGAGUAGACUAUCCAGAGAUAGAGAAAGUUUACAUCAGAGUGGACUAUCCAGAGAUAGAGAAAGUUUACAUCAGAGUAGACUAUCCAGAGAUAGAGAAAGUUUACAUCAGAGUAGACUAUCCAGAGAUAGAGAAAGUUUACAUCAGAGUGGACUAUCCAGAGAUAGAGAAAGUUUACAUCAGAGUAGACUAUCCAGAGAUAGAGAAAGUUUACAUCAGAGUGGACUAUCCAGAGAUAGAGAAAGUUUACAUCAGAGUAGACUAUCCAGAGAUAGAGAAAGUUUACAUCAGAGUAGACUAUCCAGAGAUAGAUAAAGUUUACAUCAGAGUGGACUAUCCAGAGAUAGAUAAAGUUUACAUUAGAGUGGACUAUCCAGAAAUAGAGAACACUGAUUGUUUCCUUGUUUGUUAUCUUCAACAAAGUAAAUAA